AUGGCCGGGUCUCCUGCACUGCUCCUCCUGCUCAGCCUGGGGCUCUGUGAUCCCCAGGGACUCCAGCACAGCACACAAGCGUGCUGGACACUGAUCCCUCCCUCUGCAUUCCCCUCACAACCCAACUGCCUGCCUGCCACGCACCGCACCAGCAGGGAAGAGCCCUGCACAAAGGCCCCGGGAGCUCUUCCUGAGCAGCACCUGAGGGGACAUGGCCGACUUCUGCCCACAGGCUGCACCGGCGCCCAGCGACAGAGGGAUGCAGUGGUGGUCAGGUUCCUCAACAGGAAUAUGGAGCACCCCCAGCAGGGACAGCGGCUGGAGCUGGAGUGCCGCACAACCAGAACCACAUGGGGAGCCUUUUGGGUCCGCAUGGACAACAGUGGGAACCUUCACUUCAUUGUCUCCAGUAAUUCUCCGUACAACACAGUUUUUCAUGAGCAUAUGAGAAUAUCUCUGCGCUAUGAGGUAUCAUGGAGAGGUAGCUCCCCUUGGCUGGUGGUGAAGUCCUUCACGGCACAGGACCAGGGGAUCUAUUUCUGCAUCACCAACGUCAACCAGGUGCUGCACUUCAGCUCUGGACAACCCGCCUUCUUCCGGUCAGCAGCAGCUUCACCCACCUCACUUACACCCAGCUCUCCUGCCCGUGCCUUCUCAACCUGGCCCAUUGCCCACACUCCCCAUGGCUCUGCUUCUUUGCCCAAGCCAUCUCAUCACACAGGCACUGCUCCUCCUCAUACAGGCUCCCUGCCCAACAGCUCCACUCAUGGUACCAGCCCUGCCCAAACACAGAGGUGA